AUGGCUGAUUCAACCAUUAAAAUUCUCAGCAUAGUUCUCUUCCUUGUCUUCAUUUCUCAAGGCAAUAGCCAAUGCUACUUGAGUGAUCUCUCCAUAAGACAAUCUCAAACAGGAGCUACAUUGAAGGGAAAGCCAGAGUGGAGUGUGACUAUCACCAACGAUUGCCCCUGUGUUCAAAAGGAUGUCAUGUUAAAUUGCAAAGGGUUUCAAACCAUUGAACAAAUAGACCCUUCAGUUUUGAGUGUCUCAGGCAAUGUUUGUCUUGUUAAUGGUGGUAACUCUAUCUACAGAGAUGCUAUCACCUUCAAAUAUGCUUGGGACCAACCAUUUCCAUUAAAUCCAAUUUCCUCAGAAAUUGCUUGUUCUUAA